GUUUCAAUGCACCUCUUGAGCAACAGUUGGUCUGACCACAAACAUUUAGCAAAUUCGGGAAGUUUUGCCCUCAUUUGAAAGCCUGACUGAAUCCAUCUUUUCACUAGGAACAGAUGACGACUUCUGCUGAGAAACUGCCAGCAAGUGCCAACCCCGAGAUAAAAAAACCUCCUCAUCUGCCUCUCUGCAAAAACCCUGGAAAUCCGGUGUUUUCCUGUAUGCUAGACCCAAAAACACUCACAACCAAUAUUUUUUUGACAAAGCCUCAGAUUCUACUGUUUAAAACAACUUCAAGCGAGUAUGGUGCAAUACCACCUACCUCCCAGAUAGCACCUUGUACUUACCAUCCAAAGGAUCAGGCAUUUACGACCCACUUACUCACCUGCGGGUCAUUUAGAAACAGCCAGUUAAACACUGCUCUUGACAGAGGUAGGGUUUGUGACUACCCAAAUUUUCAGCACACUCUGUAAAAACACAUCUCUCAUUUUCAUAUUUGUUUAUUUAAAUAGUGGGCCCUUAACCUUAGGAAAACAAGUUUGAAUUUGUUAUUUCAGUCAUUCUGGGACUAAACUGUCUAUAU